UGUAGGACGUCACAGUUCAUGACGUAGACGACUGCAUCCGGGAAUCCGGUGAUAGUAGUGAACCCAGGAUGGUUAUGUUGAUGCGUAGUGUUGUUGGUGGUUGAGCUGUGGGAGACAUGAGGCAUCAUCACCAUGAUACACCUGGUUGUGGUUUUGUCUGCUGCAGUUUUUGCACCAUCUGACGCUACGCAUGCGGUGCACUUCACCACACACUCCUCACCAAUACUGUCAGCUAUAGCCUUGCCCUUUACCCAGUCAUCCAUGCCCAGUGUCAAACCCACAGCUGCCUCUGCCACACAAACUACAACUGCCUUCACUCCAACUACAUUUUUGAUUGCCAUUAUUCGCUCUCCUGACAUAACUUGUCUGCGGUCUAAGGACCUCAUAUCACUUCUGUGGUCAUUACAACAAACAAACAAAAACAACAUAACACUACCCUAUACAAAUCUGUUGGAACAGGUUUGGAGCGCACACUUGUGGAAGUGCAUACAUUUAAAUUUAAUGAAACAAUCAUUAUCAAAACAAACUAAGUAUAACAAAGAGUUAAUGCAAGUCCACUUAAAGCAGAUCAAGCAUCUGUCGUGGCUGCAGAGAAUUAGUGAACAAAAUGAAGCACAAAUGUCUGAAGAAACCAAAUGGCAAAUGUCACUUACAAAGACACCAAAGUAUAACAGUAAACUAAUACAAUGGAUUCGUAUGUCAACAGAAUACACACACACACCACAAGGGCUAAAAGUAAAUGGCAAAAAUGAUGAGAAGAUAAAGUAUCUGGCUAACUAUCAUCGAAUGUCACAAAUACAAGAACCUUCAGUCAAUAAUAGUUUUGUGCCACAAACACAAAGAAAUGAAAAUCAAUCACUAACCCUCAUACAAAGACAAGGGAAACAGUCGUCCAUCAAAUUUAACCAACAGAUAUCACAGGCACAAACACCAAUAAAAAACAAACAUGGAGUACAGAAAUACAUGUACUCGCAGAAAAACAAACAGAAAUCACAGAGACCUUUAGAUAAAGACAAGAACAUGCCACAAACUUCCACAUAUAUGACCAAGCAGCUCCCAAAGACGAAAAUACAUAUUGGCUUUAGUGCAUACAUGAAUCGACUCAGGUCACCUGUUGACAAACGCACACCAGUCUUACAGAUGCCUGUGCAGAAGAACAAGAGGCAGCAAGUGCUGAAGAGAGACUCAAGUCAGUUGCUUUACGAUGAUAGUCAACAAAUGAAAACUCAGUACUCGCCUCCAUCACAUUCAAGUAUGGGUCAAGAGGCCUCCAGUCUAUUCAGCAAAACAUUAAUCAAGACUCAACCACAAGUGUCAGGGUUAAAAGACUCUCUUCAAUUGCCUCUGUUUCACAUGGCUUUGGUGGAAAAUGUGAACUUCACAUGGCGUGCUGGCAGCAAGAGGUACUACUAUACCUUUGAUCGCCUUUACUCUCAGGAUGAGGAGGUGCUGGAGGUGCCAGUCUUGUCUCUGCCAACCCAUGGCACAGUUCCCAGAAAGUCUAAAGUGUUCUCUGUGAAAAUCAAGUGUACUGGAAAUGCUUCUGGUAUUGCCACCUUUGGUAUCGGUCUUCUUAUCCAGACACGGCUUGGCAAGCCACUACCAGGAACUCCCCUUAGACUCAAGUUACGCAAGGAUUGUACUCAGCUUGUAGGCCCUGAUCCUGAGUGUGAUCAAAAGUGUGAGAAUGGAGGAGUUUGUGACGAAGGUCAGCGGUGCCUGUGUCGUGAAGGUUAUAUGGGGCAGUACUGCAACACUGCCCUCUGCUACCCCCAGUGUAUGAAUGGUGGCACGUGCACCAUGCCAGGCCGCUGCUCCUGCCCUCCUGGCUUCCAGGGUCGCCACUGUGAAGGAGGAAUCUGCCAAAACAAGUGUCAGAAUGGAGGAAAAUGUGUACAGAAGGAUACCUGUGACUGUCGCAGAGGUUACUAUGGUAACCGGUGUGAGUUUAGUAAAUGUGUUAUCCCUUGUGUCAAUGGUGGUCGCUGCCGUGAUGUCAACAAAUGUCGAUGUCCACUUGGUUUUACUGGUGAUCAUUGUGAAGUAGUAUUGAGUCAAGAUGUCAAGGCAACAUCCAUAUCACGUUGCAGUAGACGCUGUCGUCAUGGUACUUGCAAGAAAUCAACAUGUUACUGCCACGAAGGUUACACAGGUCGCUGGUGCCGAAGGCGUGGUGGCAGGAUUCGUGGCAGACAAGGAAAGAAAGUGUGGGUGUGAAUUGUGGCGCCAGAGUCUAGGUGUAACAUGUAGACAAAGCCAUCCCUGCCAGAGUCUAGGUGUAACAUGUAGACAAAGCCAUCCCUGCCAGAGUCUAGGUAUAACAUGUAGACAAAGCCAUCCCUGCCAGAGGCACUCACACCCUCGGACUGACUGCAUUUCUCCUCAAACACACCAGUAGUUAGGAAAAGUAAUCACAUUUAUAUAUAAUUUUAUUCUUUAUUAAACAGAUAAAACAUUAUCACCAUGCCCAUCACAGGUUUGAAAGCUCCUCAUCGUACUUGCUAACAUAGUACACCAAUCUUUAGAAGGAAAAUUUGUUAUGAGUUUUUGUUGUUGUUGAUGUAAAAAAAAUGAAAUAUAGUCAGUUUAUUA